GUCCCGGGUUCUAGGCACAAACUUCAGAACAAUCACAGCCAACUAAUCUCUACAAAUAGAAGAGUGACGAAUUUUGUUGUCAAGGAAGAAAUCCAGGAGACGGAUGCAUGCUUCGGAGAUUGCAGAUCAUUCCGAUUUUUAAUGCGCAUGGUCUCGUGACCGUGUAAAAUAUAUCGAAAUCGUAACGAAUAUUUCUCCCAUUCCGCCUACAUCCGGUAAUUCAUCAUGACACAAGAUGUGGAUGGCCAGCGGCAUGAUAGAACUGCACUCAUCCUUUAUGGAUCCGAGACGGGAAACAGUCAGGAGGUGGCCGAGGAGCUGGGUCGGGUUGCGGAAAGACUUCAUUUCAUGACCAGGGUGUGCGAGAUGGAUUCUGUCGAGCUUAACCUUCUCCCGCAAUUCUCCAUUGUCCUCUUUGUGACUUCGACGACAGGGCAAGGCGAGUUCCCAAAGAAUGCACAGAAAUUCUGGAAGAGCCUCUUGAGGAAGCGUUUGCCACCAGAUUGCCUCCGUCACGUGUCAUUCACCACCUUCGGGCUUGGGGACAGCUCUUAUAUACAGUUUAAUCAUGCGGCUCGAAAACUCCAGAAACGUCUCGAACAACUGGGUGCCAAGGAAAUAUAUCCUCGAGGUGAGGCAGAUGAAAGGCAUGACGAAGGAACUGACGGAACUUUCUUGUCAUGGUCCGCUGAUUUUCGCAAACAUCUUCUUUCAACUUUUCCAUUACCAGAAGGAGUCGCCCCCAUCCCCUCUGACACGCUCCUUCCUCCAAAGAUUCUUCUUGGACUACGCAAAGAUCCAUCGACAGACAAAAGUUCUCAAAAAUCGAUAACUUCACCUUCCAUAGAAGCAAAUCUCGUCGCGCCAUCUUCAGCACAAGAUAUACAUCUCGACCCCGCUUCACACGCUGUCGCCAAGCCUCCACUACCAAGCCUCGACAUUACCUCGCAAGAUCCAAAGAUGUUGUACGAGCCAGCAGAGGAUGAGCACGCCAAGGCUCCCCUGUCCGAAAGCCCUCCAUGUCCGAUGCUGAAGGAGGAAUACAAGGAGGAGCCUGAAGUCGUCGACUUGAGACUACCACCAACGAACAUGCUUCCACUCCCCGACAGCCACAACGUAAAGCUCAAGGAAAUCAAACGAAUUACCCCAGAUACCCACUGGCAAGACGUUCGCCUUCUGACUUUCUAUCUUGGCUACGAAUUCGACUACUUUGUCGGAGACACGAUCACCAUAUACCCCAAGAACUUCCCAACUGACGUCCAAGCUCUGAUCGACUUGAUGGGAUGGAAUGAUGUGGCCGACAUAGAGCUGACGUUCAACAAUACCGUUGUUCGCAACUACGGCGCCAAGAUGGCUAUGAACAACGUCCCCGAGGGCUUCGUACCGCUUCCCAACUCGACACUGAGAGACCUUAUUACCCAUAAUCUCGAUAUCACAGCUAUACCCAACAGGUACUUCUUUGAGCUGGCUGCGAACCACACCGAUGACCCUGUUCACAAGCUUCGCCUGCAAGAAUUCUCUAGCGCGGCAUAUACCGACGAGUACUAUGACUACGCAACGCGUCCUCGACGCAGCAUCCUGGAGGUUCUUCACGACUUUCCGACUGUCAAGAUCCCCUUCGAGUGGGCCCUAGCCGCCUUCCCAGCCAUUCGAGGACGGGCAUACAGCAUUUGCAGCGCAGCCGCCGCCGGUGCAAGGGAGGAUGAUCGAUAUCUUAAGAUCGAGAUACUCGUUGCUAUGGUCAAGUACAAGACGGUGCUGAAAAAGGUUCGUCAAGGCCUCUGCUCUCGCUAUCUAGCCAGUCUCCAGCCUGGUACCUGGAUCUGCUCAAAACUGAGUGAAACGAAGCCGUAUAAUUCUUGGACCCUGAAUUCCGAAAAUAAGGACCAUCUUCGAUAUCCCAUUAUCUGCGUCGCACCUGGGACUGGCGUAGCUCCUUGCAGGGCACUGAUCUGGUCACGAGCCAUUCUCGAACACGAUCGUAGAACUCGCUAUUCGGACAAACUCGACCGGGCAGUUGGCCAUGCCUACCUUUUCUUCGGUGGACGCAACAAGAAGAAUGAUUUCUUCUUUGAGAAUGAGUACAAGGAGGACAAUAUGCUGGCCACGGUCUUCACUGCCUUCUCUCGAGACCAGAAGGAGAAGAGAUAUGUGCAGGAUGUUCUCAAGGAGCAAGGGUCAUUGGUUGCUGAUCUCAUCAUCAAGCAACAUGCCCGGAUCUUUGUCUGUGGUAGCUCUGGAAAUAUGCCGAAGAGCGUUAGGGCAGCAUUUCUCGAGAUUCUAGAGAAGUGGGAUAGGGAGGAGAGGCCCGCAGGCUUUGCAGAGGCUUUGCUGGCCGAUAUGGUCAAGUUUAAGCGUUAUACCCAGGAGACUUGGUAGAUAUCUACAAGGGGGAUGGCGUUCAUGAAUUUGCUCUACAAUAUGUUCCUGGAGAGAUGAAAGUAAGGAGGGGCAGUCGCAAUGAGGACAAAGAGCGGUGCUGUACUGUACAUAUUAAUUUGCAAUUGUGGCGCUGAUCAGCCAAUUGCAUAGAUGAGAACCACGAACAUCAUGAUGAUGAUAAUAAAAGGCUUCUCCAUUCGAACU